AUGGCGGGGACGGCGGGGACAGACAGCCAGGGUGGCAUGGUGCACAGCCUGCAGGAACUGCGGCGCAGCGCAUCUCUGGCCACCAAGGUCUUCGUGCAGCGGGAUUACAGCGAUGGGACCACGUGCCAGUUCCAGACGAAGUUCCCCCCUGAGCUGGAGAGCCGGAUUGAGCGGCAGCUCUUUGAGGAAACCGUGAAAACCCUUAAUGGCUUCUACGCUGAGGCAGAGAAGAUUGGGGGCAGCUCAUACCUGGAGGGGUGCCUGGCCUGCGCCACUGCCUAUUUCAUCUUCCUCUGCAUGGAGACCCACUAUGAGAAGGUCCUGAAGAAGAUCUCCAAGUACAUCCAGGAGCAGAAUGAGAAGAUCUAUGCGCCGCGGGGGCUGCUGCUCACUGACCCCCUGGAGCGUGGCAUGAGGGUUGUAUCCUCUAGGCAGUGGAGUGCUGGGGGGGAGGACAAGGGUGAGGGGUGGGGGGACACCAGGAGUGGGUGCCGGGCGAUUGGAUUUGUGGAUGGCACAUCCCACCGAUGA